AAACCAAGCUAGUUUGCAGUUCUGAUAAGGUCAAGUGAUUAAGCACAGUCAUUGACAGGUGAAUUGCUGAUCUCAGAACGGUAACAUUCAAUGGUUAUGUCCACUUCCUACAUAACCUGACUUUAUUAUACGAAGCACUAUAAGGACGCAGAAUGUUGACGGGAAGAUUACAAGGGUUAGUUCCCAGCUGUUUAUCCUGUCUCCGCCUGCAGCUCCGAGCUGUCUCCAUGGGAACCGGCUGUCGACAACAGGCAGCAUCCACACCUGGACAGAAAAAGAGGUUCACCCCACGCCGGGCGGUGCUGUAUGUGCCGGGGAAUGACCAGAGGAAGCUUGAGAAGAUACCAGGCCUUGACGUAGACUGUGCCGUCUUGGACUGUGAGGACGGGGUUGCUGCUAACAGAAAGGUUGAGGCUCGCGAGACAAUAGCUGGCAUGUUGGAUAGGCUAAAGUUUGGUCGUACCGAGUGUGUGGUGCGGGUGAAUGCGGUCAGCAGUGGACUGAUGGAGGAGGACCUGCGUGUCAUGUUUCAGGCCACCAACCUGCCCGAGACCGUCAUGGUGCCCAAGAUGAACAGCGUCCAGGAGCUUGCCACAGUAACGCACACAAUACAGACGAUGUUGAAGGACCGAGACAUACCACACAAGCUUUCCCUGGUGCUGUUUGUGGAGAGUGCCCUUGGUCUCCUCAACUUGCGAGAGGUGUGUCAACGCGCCACCGAGCUCUCCUUGCGAUCCUCCAUCUUUGAUGUUGACGGCCUUGUGUUUGGGUCAGACGACUAUUGUGCUGAUAUUGGUGCUAAGAGGUCUGUGGAUGGUUCCGAACUUCUUUAUGCGAGACAGAAACUAGUCACUACUGCAAAGGCCUUCCGACUACAGGCCAUAGACAUGGUGCAUAUUGACUAUAAAGACCUGGAUGGCCUGGGGAAGCAGUCUGUGCGGGGAGCAGACAUGGGUUUCACAGGGAAGCAGGUGAUACACCCGGGCCAGAUCCCUGUUGUGCAAGAGGCCUUCUCCCCGAGCCCUGACAGGGUGGAGUGGGCCACAAGCCUCAUAGAGGCAUUCCAGCAACACCAGGCAUCAGGACAGGGUGCCUUCACAUUUCGAGGUCACAUGAUCGACAUGCCACUACUUCUACAAGCCAAAAACAUUGUUCAGCUCGCCAAUGCUGUUAGUGAUACAUGAAUACGAUCUCAUGUGGGAGACACAAUGUGUUACGUUCGUAUUAAUUAUGUUCUUUAACUGUUAAAAAAUUUGUGGUUUUCAUUGCAUAUGGACUGUUCAAAUAUAUCAGUUUUUAGAACACAUGUGGACCUACUUGAGAAGACGGAAAUGGGUCCUUGAAAAGAAAUAAUUAUGCAGUAGUUUAAUUCAGUAUGAAUCCAGAAUCAAGCAAAUGUACAAGUAUGCUCCCAGGUUCACAAGAUGUUGAUGCAGAUGGGAUUAGUGCUGUUCCAUAAACACUUGGUUUCUUAGGCUCUAUAAAUGGUUUUCUCUUUUUCAAGUUUGUUCUAAUUUUACAGUUUCAAAUUUUACUUGGUUUGAUGGAAUAUAUUGUUUAUCAAUGUUGGUAUUGUUCUCAAUUUAAUACUCACAUAAUUUACAUACCGGGUAACUUUUUUGAGUUCACUUCAAUGAUGGCUUUUCAUGAAUUCGUAUCAUAGUAGUUUCUAAUAAUCUCAGGUUUAAAAUCCAAUAAAAGAUGUUUGAUGCUAUGUUGUAUUAUGUAUGUAUUAUUGCCAAAAUAAAGAAACAACAUUUUAUGUUGUUAUGUUUGUUUUGAAAAAGUUUUGAUAAAUGCUUUGUAAUAAAAAAAUAAACAUUAAUUGUCA